CAGCUCUUUGUAUAGCCAGUUCCAGAUUGAUUCACUUCAUUCACCACAGACACCGAUUCGAGCGUGUAUUAUAUCCGAGAGCGUCUUUUCCUCUCGUGUGCGGACCUCGCCAGUCAUGCCCAAUGUCUUUGGGUUAUACAAAUGUCCCGAUGCCGUUACUGCUGUGGUUACGAUAUGACUGGUACACGAUGACUUAGCGUUAUGUGGUUCUAGACAGUGCAAUAGCGAAAUAACCCUUUGUUGUACAACCUGUAAUAUUACCGGGGCCGGGAUCACUCACCUUUGUACAUUCUGUUGUUCUGAAGAACCUCGCUCUUAUAUUGACAUGUCAUAUAAAUACUAUUUGAACAUCCUAUGGACGCCAGUGUUUAAGAUGGUAGUCAUUUACCAAGCGGAAAUGUAAAAUUAAUUGGAAAUGUGAGGGAGCACCAUAAACUGUAAUGUUUUACAUGUAAAGGAUCGGACAGAACAUGUAAGGGCCACGCAAUACGACUUACAAUGUAAGAGGUUUUCCUAGCAGCCCUGUAUUAGCGGGCCGGCGGAGAUAAAUACCAGUUUCCGGGGACGAGGAGCUGGUAGUCCGCUGUCCCAGGGCCUCUCUUCUUCACCUCAUCCCACAAAACGAUGCACCCCGCGAUAAGGGUGUGUUUGGGCCUUGUCAAAAACAGAACAUUGCACAUCGACCGCAAUGAAGGACCGGACUGUAAGGAUCUAUUUAGGAAGCAUUUGUCCAACAUCUUCAACGAGUCGAGGUAUGGAAAUGCGUCUACGAAUGCGGCACUUCCAGAUGGAGACGGUUUUGACGUGUGGCGCUACCUGGCGCACGAGUUGGAACCAAGAAGGGAUGAUCUACCAACGGUCAUCAGCGUCACUCUUAUAUACUGCAUUCUGUUUUGCACUGGAGUGUUUGGAAAUGUGUGCACGUGCAUUGUAAUUGCGAAAAAUAAGUUUAUGCACACAGCCACGAAUUAUUACCUGUUUAACUUGGCUGUGGCAGAUCUAUUGUUAUUACUUAUAGGCCUUCCACCGGAUCUAUAUACAAUAUGGUCACUGUAUCCAUGGAUAUUUGGCGAAGCAUUCUGUGUGGCGCGCGUGCUUUUCGCCGAGAUUUCGACGUUUACGUCAAUUUUAACGAUAACGGCAUUCACGGUAGAAAGAUAUGUGGCUAUAUGUUUCCCAAUGAAGGCACAGAGAAUGUCCAGUUUGUAUCGUGCUGUGCGCGUGAUAUUCUGCACGUGGUGUCUUUCCACGAUAUGUGCCAUCCCACAAGCGAUACAGUACGGGGUAGUGUAUAUCCCCGACCCUUGGAACACCACCGUAAUACAAUCAGCUAUGUGUACUUUCAAAGCCCAGGAGGGCAUCAAAUGGACGUUCCAGGUGUCGGCUAUUAUUUUCUUUGCUGUACCGAUGACUUUCAUCACAGUGCUUUACACUCUCAUCGCUAUCACCAUCCGGAGAUCAACUCUUAGUCGAGGAUCCAUGGAUUCGUCCAGUAAGGAACAUCUACGUGGCGUGGAGCUCCACGCGCAGCAACAGGCGCGGGCGCGCCGCUCGGUUCUAAAGAUGCUGGUGGCAGUGGUGGUGGCGUUUUUUGUGUGCUGGGCACCUUUCCAUGCCGAACGUCUCAUGGCAAUUUACAUCUCGGAGUGGACAGGCUUUCUGCUCAAGAUUCACAAGAAACUGUUUUACUUGUCUGGGGUAUGCUACUUUAUCAGCGGGACUAUCAAUCCAGUUCUAUACAGCAUAAUGUCCCUGAAGUUCCGACAGGCAUUCAAACAGACUUUACUGCGACAGUGUUGUCGCAAACCUACUCGACAUCGACCGAACCAUUUUUCCUACAAAUUCGUGCACAGAAAUGGCCACACGGAGACGAGCUACACUUCGGUCGGCCCCAUCGGACAUGGGGCGGCUCGCCGGCCGCUCAGUCGGCCGCUCCCUACGAGGGCAACUCAACGGCUCGGAGACAACAAACCUCUCGCUCACAGUUCGGGCUCCACAUCAAGUCAAAAGAGAGAGAGUCUUACUCGCUCUAUUAGUGGAAGCAGUCUGAAAUCAACUGACGAAAUGUGCGGAGAGGAAGACAUGCAGGAAGUUCUCUUCCAGAUCAAGUGUUAUGACAACAAUCGUAACACGGCAGAGCUAGUAAUAGGUGUCUGUUAGGACGCUAGCCAAGGAUGAGCUCUUGAGAACGUCUCAUAUAUUUCGGCAGACGUUAGUGCUGUCUGGACUAAAGGACGAACUCUGUGUGCAUCCUUGGUUUAUGUCUUCAGACAUCAGUACUGAGCAGAUGGUCACGUGGUCUACGAUAUGCAACAUAUUCAGCAAGAGCAAACACAUCGUACGGAAACCCUUCCUCUGUCUGAGAGAAGUCUCAUCGAAGGAUUUCUUCGAUGUGAAAAUGUCCAGGCCACAUUGCUUUAAUCAAAGAACUUCUUGUGUGUAACCGGCAUCUAUUAUGUCUCGGAUGCAUUACAUCGAAGGAAAGGCGGUAAUGGAUAACGCUCACAUACUUGGAGUAAUCAAGGGCCAUGGACAGGUGCAGACAAAUACUGUCGCUUGAUCACGUGAGGUUAUGGCAAUUAGAACAGUCAGAUUGGUUUGUUGUCUCUGACAACGACAAAAUAACUAAUGGAGGUUGUGGCACUUCCGCUAAGAACAGGAAGUAUCGCCGUAUGUCUAUUACUGUGCACGGGUUCCGGGAACUCUGAUUCAUUCGUAACCCUUCGUAAGGAUGUUGGGAAUGGUGCUAUGGAAUGUGGUCCUUGCAGCCAGAAAUAUAAGUAAUACAAUGGAACAUAUUUAUCACUGUAUAUCCAUAUAUUGUAGUUAUGAUCGUUAAACAUUAGCAACUAUUUUCAGGCAUUUCCGACAAUUCAUUCGAUUUAAAAGGAAGUCAAUUAAUUACAAUGAACGAGGCACAAGGCCGUUUCUUUAUUCCUAUUGUACAUACACGUAGAUCUACAGACGCGAAUCCAUCAUGUGGAAUUAAGGCUAAGUACCCAAUCGAUAAGUCUGACUAGGUAUUAUUUCAGAUAGUGAGUUAUAUAAUAUCAUUGAACAGAAUGAUCGUUAAGGGAACUCAUAUAACGGUACAGACAGAACAUUCACAGACAUAAUUACAUUUGAUGUAUAUGUACGACUGGGAUUGCAAAUGUGCAUGCUAUUAUAAUUUAUACAAAAGUAUGUAUAAACCCAUCUCAAGGAAAUUUUUAUAACUUCAUGUUAGCGAGUAAAAAAAGUAAGUGUGAUAAUGUUUAGCCGGUGUGACGGAGAUCUACUUAAUCUUUGAUUGAUAAAUAAACAUCACCAUACAAACUUUGAUUUCUAUAUAAAAAGUGUUGUAAAUGCA